GAUCCGUCCCCGGACACACCACCACCGUGUCCCCUUCCCAACGACCUCCUGGCGCCAGAAGGAGAGGUCACCACCCAAACUUCUGCUUUCUCCAUCCAGAGCUCUCCCGGCGGCCGAGCCCGGGGUUAGGGCUAGGUUGGUCCCGGUAUUCGCCUAUGCGCCACCCCUAGCCAGUGCCCCGCUCCUCCUCCGCCGCUGACGAUAUGGAUCUGCCCGACCUCGCUGUCGUGCUGCGCGCCGCGCUCAGCCACGUCCCCGAGGAGCGUAAGACCGCGGAGGAGAGCCUCAACCAGAUUAUGAUGGAGCCAAACUUGGAAGAUUCUGAUAUCGAGCCUGCUCCCAAGCUCAUCGAGGUGUUUCUACAGAACUGCAAAGGUCAUGUAGAUCAAUGGGUUGAGCCUUACCUCUGGCUUACAAUUGAUCGGUUGCGCCGCUCAGAAACCAUAUUUGAAAUGUCUCCUUGUACAAGUGCAGAUCAUAUUCCAGUAGAAGCUCUAGAUGGCAUUUUCAAAGCAACACUUGAUCUCCUUGCUGCCUACAAAGAUCAAAUUGCAGAACCGAAGAAGCAAAAUGAGGACGAUGUUGAUGAUAUGGAUGGCUUUGACGCUGAUGAAGAUGAUGAAGAAGUUGAAUCAGACAAGGAGAUGGGUCUUGACGAUGAAGACGGCGAUGAACUAAACAAUCUUCAUCUUCAGAGACUAGCUGCAGAGGCUAGAGGCUUCCAGCCAGCUGAUGAAGAUGAUGAUUCAGAUGAUGAUUUCAGUGACGAUGAGGAGCUGCAAUCACCGAUUGAUGAGGUGGAUCCGUUCGUUUUAUUUGUUGAAAGUGUCAAAGGUUUGCAAGCAUCUGAUCUGGCCAGGUUCCAGAACCUCGUGCAAACUCUUGAUUUCCGAUAUCAGGCGCUUGCUAAUGGCAUAGGUCAAUAUGCUGAAGAAAGAAGAGUUGAGAUCGAAAGAGAAAAUUGGAGAAGGCAAAUACACAGUGAUGAUUCAUGAAGCAUUUGUGCUCUAGCGCUUCCAUUCAGUAGGUCUGUAGAAGUGACGGGUCAGUAUCCUCUAAUUUUGGCAAUCACAGGUAAUGAGUUUUGGAGCCUUAUUCAUGUACCUGUCAAGGCAAAGCCUGUUCUAUCCUCGCGGGAGGCGAUAGCAGCCUUCUUAGAGAUUCGGUCAUCGGAAGUCAUUCUCCUGGUGGCCCUUUGUUGGGGGUCUCGGUUGUGCGAGCAGUGACACUAAUUCGUCAUGCUGCUCAGGCAAGUAUAUUUUGGUCGGAGCGUCUGUUAGAAACCCCUGUGGCAUGGUCAUCUCUGGGCCAUGAGUUUUAAGGAAAGUUUGUUGUUAGUGUACAUCUGGCUGCUUGUCUAGGCAUUACAUUUUUUUGGCAAAAAUGUAAUGGAAUACUCAUCUUCGUUGGUUUAUUUAAAAGGGCAACCAAUUUAUUGUUUUAA